AUGGACCCCGUAAAAGGCCGGAGCAGCCAGACCUGCUCACAGAUAAACCAAAGCAGGCAAUGAGACAACAUAUUCGCUUAUUUCAGGAGAAACUUUCAUCCAAGAUGUUUCUGAGGACUCUAGUGCUCAUCUUCCUGACACUUUUCUUCUGCACAGGUGCUGAGGACAAAUCAAGACUCUAUAGGAGGCCCUCCUGUGUGGGGAUGAGCGUCACUCAGGCAUGUCCUCUGAAUUACUCCCCGGUGUGUGGCAGCGACGGCGUCACUUAUCCCAACGAAUGCUCGCUGUGCGUCCACCGACUGGAGAAAAACGCUGACAUUAUGAUCGUAGUGGACGGACCAUGCUGAAGAUGACCUCAUCAGGACAUUUUCAGAUGACGCCAUCCUUAAUGUCACCACACCCAUGUGGAUUAUGAUGGAAUGUAGCUUUUAGCCUUUAGCAUUCAAACAUGUACACUAGUACAUGCAGCCAUCUGUGCUCCUAUUUGAUAAAUGCUGCUUUAGAAAUGUCUUUAAGUUUUCAUUUUUCUGUAAACCUUUUUCAUGCAUCUUUUAAUCAAUAAAUACAUC